GGCACGGUAACCGCAGGUUCGGGAUUCUAGGUCUGGGAUCCCAGUCCAGGUUCGGGGACGCCAUAGCCACACAAGAGGGAAGCUUGUGUGCGCCCAGAUAGCGACGCCGCGGCGGCAUUGUCGAUUUCCCCCCUCCGGUAUGUCGCGAUUCCUCUCGUGUGCGCGGCCGUCGCAAGAAUCGUGUGUGGUUGCAGCGGCGGGCCGGGAUUGACCAGGGUUUUGAGGUGCUCGUCGCCGUUCGGCCGCAUUCGCCGUGGAAGCAAGCAUGGAGGGCGAUAUGUGGGCAGCUCGCUUGCUCUCUAAGCGCCAGUACGCCGUUCAUUCGAUGCUGGAUCAGCACUUCACUGUGGAUGAUGUGGAGGGCGAUGAGGAACUGAGACCGGAUUUUGCUUGUCCAUACUGUUUCGAGGGAUUGGACUUGCUCUCUCUGUGUUCUCACCUGGAGGACGAGCAUUUCUCCGAAUCAAGACCUGUGCUGUGUCCCGUGUGUGCUGCCAAAGUCGGGAAGGACAUGAUCAGCCAUAUCACAGUUCAUCACGGAAAUCUCUUCAAGAUAUCCUUUGAAAAAAGGCGUCGCAAGUUUAGGAGGCCGGGAAUCACGUCCCAUUCCGGAUUUCCCUUCAGUGGGAAGGACAUGAAUCAAGCACACUUGCAGGCUCUCCUGGGAGCGUGCUCUCCGGCAAGGACAGGAUCUGGAAUUCCGGAUCUCUUCUUGUCCACGCUUGUCUGUAACAUGCCCAUAUCCGAGAUUGACGAUUCUUCCAAGCUGAGCUUGGAUAACUCGGAUUCGGUUUCUCUUGCUACUUCCACAGCUCCAGCCGAGCUAAGUGCUGAAUGCUCCCUCACGGCCGAAGAGAGAGAGCAGAAGCUGGAAGAGGCAAGCGUUCGAUCAAAGUUCGUUCGACAGCUCUUCCUCUCCACGCUCUGGGCCGAGGCAUGAAGUGAAUGGGAGUUGUAGCAUCCAGCAAACCGCGGCCUGGCUUUAGAGCUCGAGCUCGGGCUGCGGGAGUGAUGGAGGCGACAAAGGGAUGGAUGGAUCAACCCGUGGUUCAUCGUUCUUCUACUUCCCAUUCGAGUCCUCAAGGAUUAAUUUAUGAGCCGUCCAAGAUGGAUAGCAAAAACAAAGAUGAUGUGAGAACGGAAGAACUCUUUGUAUAAGUCUUAUGUGGAACACCAUUUGCGUUUGCUGCCGUGAAGAAAGAGAUAUAAAAGAAUGUGUCGUGUGUGUGUCAA